GUGGCACGAGAGAGACCAAUAUCAGCCAUUACAGGCUGUCGAAAAACAAGGGAUACAGGAGAGAGGCCAAUAUCAGCCGUCACAGGCUGUUGAAAAACACGGGACACGGGAGAGACAUUUUAGUUCAGAAGAAUGGGCGUUCAGAAUAUUAUUACGGUCGCCUCAUGUCUUCUUCUUGUUGCCUUUACUUCAACAGCGAUCGGUCAGGCCACAUCCGUCUCUGUCAGGCUUGUCGGCGGGAGUCGGGACACGGAAGGGCGCGUGGAGGUGUUCUACAACGACACGUGGGGUACGAUCUGUGACGAUAGCUGGGGUCAGUCUGACGCGAUAGUUAUCUGCAGAAUGCUGCUCCACACAGGCAAUGUGGCAGCUCACGGUCAAGGCUUCUACGGCGUCGGGGGCGGUCCAAUCUGGCUUGACGACGUGGUGUGUACCGGGCGGGAGCCGACAAUAGCCCACUGUGGACAUCGAAUGUGGGGCACGAGUAACUGCCAUCACUCCGAGGACGCAGGGGUCGACUGUGACACAGAUGCGUUGGCGAAGCUUCCGGUUCGUCUCGUUGGGGGUAAUCACACAAACGAGGGUCGCGUGGAGAUUCAGUUUAACAACACCUGGGGGAGCGUCUGUGACGACAGCUUCGAUCUGAGGGACGCUGCUGUUGUCUGUAACCAACUUAACUUCAACGACUCUAUUGCCAUUCCCAUUACGGACGGACGUUACGGGCCAAGCACCGGGCCAAUAUGGUUGGAUGACGUCGCGUGUAAGGGUAACGAGGCCGGCCUCGGGAUUUGCCGAGCCAGGAAGUGGGCCCACAGCAACUGUGAUCACACCGAGGAUGUCGGGGUGGCAUGUCAGCAACCCAGCAGCGAAGCUGACGUUAAAAUCCGAUUGGCUGCUGGCAUUACCCAGUACGAAGGCCGCGUGGAGAUUUUUUACAGCGGUGUUUGGGGCACUGUUUGUGAUGACGGCUUCGGCGUACCGGAAGCAUCUGUAGCCUGUAGAAUGGCAGGAUUAACUGGCGGAGAGAUACUGAGUCAUCGAUUAGCAGGUCCAAGCAUACCGAUCUGGUUAGACGAUGUGGAAUGCACCGGAAAUGAAACAUCAUUGGUUGACUGUGUUCACAAACCAUGGCUAACCGCGAACUGUGACCACAGAGAGGAUGUAUCCAUACGUUGUGAGCCCGCUCAGCCGACGUCCAUCCAGGUGCGACUUGCCGGGGGUCAGAACAGUUUUGAGGGUCGUGUUGAGGUUUUACAUAACGGCACGUGGGGUACUGUGUGUGACGACCUCUGGAGUGUGGAGGACGCCACCGUGGUCUGCAGGAUGCUCCAUCUAUCGACGUCCGGAGCUAUUGCCCUGAAGAACGGUUUCCCGGGGGGUAGUGGACAGAUCUGGCUAGACGACAUGAAGUGUUUAGGGACGGAAACAUCCCUGGGGGAGUGCCCGUUCCCGGGUUGGGGAACCCACGACUGUGACCACUCGGAGGAUGCUGGGGUACGCUGUCAAGGAGCUGGCAUUGUCACCGCUAACGUCAGUGUGCGUCUAGUGGGCGGGGACUCUCAUGUGGGACGUGUUGAGGUGUUACAUAACAACGUUUGGGGCACUGUUUGUGAUGAUUACUUUGACGUGAAGGACGCGCAGGUCGUCUGCAGAAUGCUCGGCUUUCCAACGUUCGGAGCUGAGGCGUUCUCCAAGUCACGGUACGGCCGAGGGACUGGACCCAUUCUCCUGGAUGAUAUGGCUUGUAAUGGGGCGGAGCUCUCCCUAGACUUGUGUCGGCACGCCUCCUGGGGACAUAAUAACUGUGAUCACUCGGAGGACGUCUCCGUCAGGUGCCCAGGUGGGACAGUGCAGCCCCCUAUCGGUGUUCGCCUCGUGGGGGGAUCGACUCGAGCCGAGGGGAGACUUGAGAUCCAGCAUGGCGGUUCAUGGGGAACAAUUUGUGACGACCUAUGGACAACGAGGAACGCUCAGGUCGUCUGUAGGAUGUUAGGUCUCCCCUGGGCUGGAGCUGAGCCGCGGUUUGAAUCCUUCUUCGGGCAAGGUACGGGUCAGAUUCUGUUGGAUCAAGUGUCUUGUACCGGAAACGAGACCAGCUUGACGGACUGCAGCCAUGCUAGCUGGGGACACAACGACUGUGACCACUCGGAGGAUGUGGGCGUGGUUUGUCAAGCACUGCAGCGUGUGCGCGUGCGUUUGUCGGCGGGCUCAACCACGUCUCAGGGUCGCGUGGAGAUCUACUACAACGCCACCUGGGGGACGAUCUGCGACACGGGCUUUGGUAACGAGGAGGCCGCCGUCAUUUGUCGCAUGCUCGGAUUUUAUCAACCGGGGGCCCUUCCUUUGGCCAAGUCGUACCACGGGCGAGGCUCAGGACCGGUAUUCUUUGAGGACGUACAAUGUACGGGCGAUGAGAGGAACAUUCUACAGUGUGCUCACAAGGGCCUUGGCACGGUCACCAACUCAGCGUGCCGCAGUCAUGCGCGAGACGCUGGAGUUCAGUGUAACCCAGCGGCUGUCCAGAUUCGCCUUCAGAACGGUAACAACAGGAGUGGAAGAGUUGAAUUGAACGUAGUGGGGAGCUGGGGCACUGUGUGUGACGAUGGCUUUACAUCUGGGGCGGCGUCUGUAGUCUGCCGGAUGCUAAACCUAAACCCAGUGGGAGCCACUGCUAAGAGAGGGGGUUUCUUUGGGCGCGGUACAGGCAAGAUAACGCUAGAUGACGUGCAUUGCCGUGGUAACGAGACGUCCUUGUUUGACUGCAGCCACGCCACGCUCUACGUACAUAACUGUGGACACUCAGAAGAUGUGGGCGUGGUCUGCGGCCCGGGCCCACAAACCACCAACUCCAAAGUGCGUCUGGUGGGUGGAACAAAUCCUAACGAAGGCCGUGUGGAAAUCUUUUACAACAACACCUGGGGGACAGUGUGUGACGAUUCCUUCACCGAUCUCAAUGCCAAGGUCGUCUGUAACUGGCUUAACAUUAAAACAGUGAAGUCGGUGGCUGAGGGGAAGGCUCUGUUCGGUCGAGGAUCAGGAAGCAUCAUUCUAGACGAUGUCAGGUGCUCUGGAAACGAGACGGAUUUGUUUCAUUGUCGUCACCCACCUCCCUAUGUCAACAACUGUGGUCACUCGGAAGACGCGGGGGUUAGGUGCUUGACAGCUGAGAUGUUGAACAUACCAGUCCGCCUAGUCAACGGUACUGACUCACAUUCAGGCCGCGUUGAGGUGUUCUACAACAACAGCUGGGGGACAGUAUGUGACGACAACUGGGGUACCAAUGAGGCCAAAACGGUCUGCAGAAAACUUGGACUGGAAACACGCUUUGCUGUUCCCAUCCCGAAUGCGUAUUUCGGACAGGGUCGGGGUCAAAUCGUGUUGGAUGACGUGGAAUGUAACGGUACGGAAGCCUCUGUUACUUACUGUGAUCACAAGCGGAUGGGAACGUCGGACUGCGAGCACUACGAAGAUGCUGGCGUCCUCUGUCUAGCCGGGGCUGGAAGCUCCACGGUAAAGGUGCGGCUAGCCGGUGGGCUGUCUUACAACCAGGGGAGGGUCGAAGUGCUCUAUAACGGCAUCUGGGGGACUAUCAGUGACGACAGCUUCGACAACCGAGAGGCCGAGGUCAUCUGUAGAAUGCUUGGAUAUCAUAGAGGAGGGACUGUAUUGCGCGGGUCUAGCGUGGGCAGUGGGCGUGGUCCUAUCUGGCUGGAUGACCUCUAUGUAUUGCGCGGGUCUAGCGUGGGCAGUGGGCGUGGUCCUAUCUGGCUGGAUGACCUCUACUGUGUCGGCAACGAAACAAACAUCAGUGACUGUCGGCGGAAACAGGAGUGGGGCGAAACAGACGUGUCGCGAGGUCACAACGAGGACGUUGGGGUGCGGUGCAACAAAGAUUUACAGUUCAACUUCACAGUUCGUCUCGUGAACGGUCCGUCGCAGUACGAAGGUCGCGUGGAAUUGUCCUACUCGAACCAAUCAGGAACUGUGUGUGACGAUGCGUGGGACAAUGCGGACGCCGCCGUCGUGUGCAGCAUGCUUGGAUUUGGAACGGACGGUGCCACGGCUAUACAGGGAACCAUAUACGGUCAAGGUAACGGGUCAAUCCUUCUGGACCAGGUGCAGUGUGUGGGGACGGAAGCUAACCUAGCGGCGUGCCGGUCUAAUCCCUUGGGUGAUCAUGAUUGUGACCACACGGAGGACGCCGGAGUCAGGUGUAACCCAGCGAAUCGUAUAGAGACAAACAUCAAGAUUCGACUGUCGAACGGUCCUGACAGCAACUCUGGUCGUGUGGAGGUCUCCUAUAACAAUACUUGGGGAACGAUCUGCGAUGAUUCUUGGUCAAGUCUCGAUGCUCAGGUCGUCUGCCGAAUGCUGAAUAAACCCAGUGCUGGAGCUAUAGCCCGGGUAAACGCAGCAUUUGGUCGGGGCACUGGUCAGAUCUGGUUGGACGAUGUACACUGUGCGGGCACGGAGGCCAGUCUAACCCUGUGCCCUCAUUCCCCCUGGGGGAGGAACAAUUGCGGGCAUCAGGAGGACGCGGGAGUGAUCUGCGCAGGUGCAGUGGCCUCACAAACAGUGAGACUGGUUGGCAGAACACCGUGGGAAGGUCGAUUGGAGAUUUUCUACCAGAACAGAUGGGGGACGGUAUGUGAUGACAGUUUCGGCACAGAAGAGGCUGCCGUCGUUUGUCGAUCUCUGGGAUACGCCGUGUCGGGAGCCUACGCUCGACCCAAGGCCUAUUACGGCGCUGGCUCUGGCACUAUCCUUCUCGAUGACGUGGUAUGUCGUGGCACGGAGACGCACAUUGAGCUUUGUCGCCACAGCCAUUUCGGCACUAACAACUGUAACCAUAACGAGGACGUGGGCGUGGUUUGCCCAGCGGGUGCCUCAAACACAACCAGUUCUAACGAGACACUUGUGAGACUUGUAAAUGGUCCCACCCCGAAUCAAGGUCGUGUGGAAGUCAAGGUCAGUGGGAGGUGGGGCACCGUCUGCGAUGACCUUUUCACCUCCGUGGACGCGGGCGUUGUAUGCGUCAUGUUGGGUUUCCAGAGAGAUGGAGCGGUGGCCAAACCUGUAGCCCGUCCGUUCGGUAGAGGGUCGGGUCCCAUCUGGAUAGACGACACAAGCUGUACCGGACGGGAGAGUAGCAUAUUCGAGUGUCAAUUCAAACCCCUAGGGCAGUCCAACUGUGAUCAUGGCGAAGAUGUUGGCGUCGUCUGUGUGUCAGGUGGCGUUAGUCUACGACUCGCUGGUGGACCCAAUCAGAAUGAAGGGCGGUUAGAACUGCAAGUGAACGGCACGUGGGGGACGAUCUGUGAUGACAGCUUCGGUACAACGGACGCCCAGGUGGCCUGUAGAAUGAUGGGUUUUCCCUAUCUUGGAGCGAGGUUUUUCGGGAAGGCUCGUUACGGAAUGGGAACUGGGCCGAUCUGGUUGGAUGACCUGAGGUGUGUAGGGAGGGAGACAACUCUAUUGGAUUGUGGCAGUCGAGGACUUGGGCACCACAACUGUCAUCACACCGAGGACGUAGGGGUCUUGUGCACAGACAACGGAGUCACCACCCUGGAACCCACACGUCGCACCUUUACCACGGCCAUCCCUACCCCAGACCCUACCCGCGUCUUUGUGCGUCUAACAGGCGGGCCCACGGCCUAUGAGGGACGUGUCGAGGUGUACUACGGAGGCGUGUUCGGUACAAUCUGUGACCACUCCUGGAGCACUGGUGAUGCCAACGUCGUCUGUGGGAUGCUGGGAUACGACCGGACGAGCGCCGUGGCCAUCACUGGUGCGGGGUACGGUCAGGGGACCGGUCGCAUAUGGCUGGACAACGUCCAGUGUAACGGUAACGAGAAUCAUGUGGCACGGUGUCGCUCUACUGGCUGGCAUGUUCACAACUGUGGUCAUCAAAACGACGCUGGAGUCAAAUGCACCUCUGAUGUACGUCCAGACAACUUUAUCGUGGUGAUUACACGUACCAAUCCGUCAAUCAUCCGCAUGGAUCUAACAACGUACAGCUACGUGACCAUCCCACAUGACGCCCAUAGCAACCCGUUCGGCAUCGCCUACGACCCAAUUGAGGCGCGGGUGUUCUGGACGGACGUCGGCGUACGCCAGAUCAGGAGCUCGAACCUGGACGGGACAGAGAAGAAGACGGUUACACAGCUGGGCACAGGUGCUCAACCGGAAGGGAUAGCCGUGGACUCAUUUUCUCGGACUCUGUACUACACGGACAGAAGCCGUAAUCUGAUUGGGUUAAUGACACUCGAUGGUCAAGUUCACAAAUCUCUGAUAACUAGCGGGCUUCGGGACCCACGGGGGAUUGCCGUCCACCCUCAACAAGGAAUUAUGUUUUGGACAGACUGGGGUUACCAUCCCAAAAUUGAGACAAGUAACAUGGACGGAACAGAUCGCCUGUCCAUUGUGUCGUCUAGUCUGAGAUGGCCAAAUGAUAUUACCAUUGGCUACCAAGAACGCAAGAUCUACUGGUGCGAUGCUGGAAUGAGGCGUAUAGAGUCCGCGGAUUUUGAUGGCAGGAACCGUCAUAUAUUGCUAACCGAGAGCAGGACAGCCUCCUAUCUGGGCCUGGCAUUGGACAGACAGUACCUGUACUAUACUGACAGUAACCUUAGAAACAUAAUGAAGCUGUCUAAGUCAGGGGGACGUCCCACGCCUAUCGGACCCGCCACUUUUGUUCGACUUGCCGGAAUAGCGCUACACAAAUCUGGUUUUGAUCCUUCAGGAACAAACGCGUGUUCACAGGGGAAAGGCGGCUGUGCGUUUCUCUGUGUCCCGACCCCCGGGAACGGCAAGAUGUGCUUGUGUCCCGACGGACUGACUCUACAAGCGGAUGGGGUUUCCUGCAGCAAAAAUGUCCCGUGCUCUCCGCUAGCCGCUCCUACCCACGGCCAUUUGUCUCCAGCAAACUGUACCACACGGCGGGCCGCACUUGGCACCGUCUGCUCGGCUUCAUGUGACACAGGUUUCACGCUAAAUGGUCACAACAAAGUCACGUGUCUGGACAACGGUCAGUGGAGCACCUAUGGCAGUUCUCUUACCUGUGCAGACACCCAGCCCCCAACGGUGACCUGUCCUGGGGACAUGACUGUCACGGCUGACAGGGGUUCGCUCCUAGCCAUUGCCCGCUGGAGUGACCCCACAGUUACGGACAACUCAGGGACAGCAGUGAAAGUUGUCCAGAGCCAGCAGUCUCCGGCGACGCUACCAGAGGGUCCGCACACGGUGUUUGUCACAGCCACGGACACCAGCGGCCAUACUAGCUCCUGUAGCUUUACCAUCAAAGCCCGAGUAAUAAGAUGCCCUCAGUUAACGCUCCCCGCACAUGCCUACUUGACCACGUCCUGUCCGAAUAAUUAUGGCGCUACCUGCCCUCUGCAGUGCCAGGACGGUUACAGAGCAGCCAGCCAAUCAGGACCGUUACAGGCGUCAUGUGACCUCACCAAUGACAACAAUCCAAAAUGGACUGUGUCUAUCAACUGCCAAGCCGUGACUUGUUCCGCCUUAACUGCCUCUGCACACGCCUCCAUAUCCGGAUGUACCAGCCCAUACAAGGUUGGGUCCGUGUGUUCACAGGUCUGUACCAACGGAUACACACAGACGGCCGGAUCAUUGUCUCGACAGUGUCUACAGGAUGGCAGCUGGAGCGGACAAGACAUUGUCUGUACAGAAACUGUGACCUGCAGUGGUCUGUCCGCCCCUCAAAACGGGGGACUUCUCUGUCAGCCUCCCUACAACGUGGGAAAUAUCUGCACACAGACCUGCAAUGCCGGAUUUGCCGCCAAAGGAGGGCAUCCUGUUCGCCAGUGUCUGACUUCCGGUCAAUGGAGCGGGAACGCCAUCAGCUGUGUUAAAGGAAAGGCGUGCCCUGCCCUGCCUGCCAUCGCCAAUGGUCACGUGAGUGGAUGCAAAGCACCGUUUACCGUGGGUGCGACCUGUUCCCAAGAAUGCUUGGGCGGAUUUGUCAUGAACGGUGGUACCCUCACCCGUCAGUGUCUAGCGGACGGCACAUGGAGUGGAAAACCACUUAGCUGCAGUAAAGCCACCACUUGCCCACUGGCGGAUUCACCAAUCAAUGGCAAGCUGUGGGGCUGUGGGGCGGGAUCUGCUGUUAAGGCGACCUGCCUGCAAAUGUGUAAGAAGGGAUUUGAGGUUGUCUCUGGCACCCCUAUCAGGCAGUGUACACCUGGUGGAACUUGGAAUGGCCAGAGACUCAACUGUACCAAAAUUGUAUCCAACAGAGGUGCCUCCACGAACCAGUCCCGGACGAGCGCUCAGACGGACGGUAAACCAACAGGCCCCGCGGGCGGUAAACCAACAGGCCCCGCGGGCGGUAGUGACAACACGCCAGCCGUCAUCAUCCUUGCCGUCCUCGUCUCUCUCCUCAUUGUCGCCAGCGUCAUCGCCGGAUUGUACUACUUUAAACGGAAAUCAACCAUGAAAGCGAUCAGCAGUGCUAGCAUCAGCCAGUCCAGCGGGUCUCGGGCCUUCGAGAUGGAGCCAGGCGGUGGGCUGUACAAUCCGACCUUCAGAUGAACAACUCAAGUCUUACAUGCAAUAACACUGGAUGAAAUGUUACUAUACUUCAAAGUCUUAUUUAAAAUAUAUUUGUACUGAAAUCAACUUUUUUCCCACGAAAAGACCUAGUUUAUACACAGUGACGAAAUAUAAGCUUGGAUGCUCUUAACUAUAUUUCUUCCAAGCUCGAGCCCGCAAGCAACAACACCACAAGAACAGAUCACAGUAUCUACAAAAUUGAUCUCUUUUCCUUGUGUGUUAAGCAUUAUUUACUUAUGGUUAAUAUAUAUUCAAAUCUGUUAAUAUCAGGUUUAUUCUGGUGAUAAAGAACAUAAAUGCCAGCCAGGGUACAGGUACAAGAGUUUUGCCUUUAUGUUGUACCAUAUCUAGGUUCCAGUUGAUUUUGUUGGACAUUUUUGUAUUUUGUAUUUGUUGCAUCAAAGGGAA